AUGGAGAUGAAGAACAUCUGGAGCUGGUGUGCGGUGGGAGGUUGGAGCGCCGCGCCGCCGGGCGAGGAGCGGGACACUCAGGCACCGGAGGCCCGAGCGGCCAGGGGUCCCGCGGGCGCCGGUGGACAGCGCGAGCGCUGGCGGGCGGCUCCACGCGGGCCCGCCCCUCCCGGCCUGUGCCCGCCCCCUGCGCGCCCCGCCCCCUCCUUCCCGCAGCCCCCACCCCCGCCCGGCUCCUCAACACAAACUUUCCGUCCCGCUCGCUCCCUCCUCCACGCCCGGCGCCUCCCGCUCCGGCCCGGCUCAUUCCGUACAUUCCGGCUAGCCCCCUCCCACGACCCCCCUCGCAGCUCCGCGGGCCCGUGGAGCUGCCCGCCCGGAGCGCCCCCCGAGCUCGGACCAGGCUCAGGCUGCCCGGUGGGCUCAGACCCAGAGCCCAGAGCAACCAGCACAAUAGCGUCCAACAGCUGGAAUGCCAGCAGCAGCCCCGGGGAGGCCCGGGAAGAUGGGCCCGAGGGCCUGGACAAGGGGCUGGACAACGAUGCCGAGGGCGUGUGGAGCCCAGACAUCGAGCAGAGCUUCCAGGAGGCCCUGGCCAUCUACCCACCCUGCGGCCGGCGCAAGAUCAUCCUGUCGGACGAGGGCAAGAUGUACGGCCGAAAUGAGCUGAUUGCACGCUACAUUAAAUUGAGGACGGGAAAGACGCGGACACGAAAACAGGUGUCCAGCCACAUACAGGUCCUAGCUCGGAAGAAGGUGCGGGAGUACCAGGUUGGCAUCAAGGUCUCUAGCCACUUGCAGGUUCUAGCCAGGCGGAAAUCUCGGGAGAUUCAGUCCAAGUUGAAGGCCAUGAACCUGGACCAGGUUUCCAAGGACAAAGCCCUCCAGAGCAUGGCGUCCAUGUCCUCUGCCCAGAUCGUCUCCGCCAGCGUCCUGCAGAACAAGUUCAGCCCGCCCUCCCCUCUGCCGCAGGCGGUCUUCUCCACUUCCUCAAGGUUCUGGAGCAGCCCCCCUCUCCUGGGACAGCAGCCUGGACCCUCUCAGGACAUCAAGCCCUUCGCACAGCCAGCCUACCCCAUCCAGCCACCCCUACCACCCGCGCUCAGCAGUUAUGAGCCCCUGGCCCCGCUCCCCCCAGCUGCUGCCUCUGUGCCUGUGUGGCAGGACCGCACCAUCGCCUCCUCCCGGCUGCGGCUGCUCGAGUAUUCCGCCUUCAUGGAGGUGCAGCGAGACCCCGACACGUACAGCAAACACCUGUUUGUGCACAUCGGCCAGACGAACCCUGCCUUCUCAGACCCGCCCCUGGAGGCAGUAGACGUGCGCCAGAUCUACGACAAGUUCCCUGAGAAAAAGGGCGGACUGAAGGAGCUUUAUGAGAAGGGGCCCCCCAAUGCCUUCUUCCUUGUCAAGUUCUGGGCUGACCUCAACAGUACUAUUCAGGAGGGCCCUGGAGCCUUCUAUGGGGUCAGCUCCCAGUACAGCUCUGCCGAUAGCAUGACCAUCAGCGUGUCCACUAAGGUGUGCUCCUUUGGCAAGCAGGUGGUGGAGAAGGUGGAGACGGAGUACGCCCGGCUGGAGAAUGGCCGCUUCGUGUAUCGCAUCCACCGCUCGCCCAUGUGUGAGUACAUGAUCAACUUCAUCCACAAGCUGAAGCACCUGCCCGAGAAGUACAUGAUGAACAGUGUCCUGGAGAACUUCACCAUCCUGCAGGUGGUCACAAGCCGAGACUCCCAGGAAACCCUGCUCGUCAUUGCUUUUGUCUUUGAAGUCUCCACCAGUGAGCACGGGGCCCAGCACCACGUCUAUAAGCUUGUCAAAGACUAGGGUGUUCUCUGUGCUUCAAGGAUGCAAGAUGAGCGUCUUCUCCACACACCUGCCUGGCACCCCUGGGAGUCCAGGUUGAGGACUCUUCCACCUGCCAGGCCUCAGGCCCUGGACCCAGGAGGCCUCCCUGCCCAUCCCUGGCACACACACUCCUGCCACUGUUCUGUGCUUUAAUUGUGGGAGAAGAGGAGGGCUCAGCAGUGGGGCAGCUUGGCCAGGGCACUGACCACCAUCACCUGGCUCUGUGGGAAUAGAAGACACCCUCAGGCUCCAGUGUGUGGCUCCUAGUCUCCAGGGGAAUGUGCUAGACCCAGGGAGGUGGCUUGCAGAAUCCAGGGAAAGACCAUCAAGUUGGGGUCUGGUUGAGAGAGGCCCACCCAUGUUUCUUUGCAUCUUCUGUGUGCCAGAUCUGAUGCCAGGCUCCCUAUGUGGCCUGUGUAAUCCUCAGACCCUGCAAAGCAAGUUUCAGUGAAGUACUGCAGCUCCCAUUGGGGGGACAGAUAGAGCUAGAGCCCAGGUUUACACCACCUCCUGGGGGCUGUAGAGGCACGAGGAGAGGAGCUGGGUUGGGGGCCCAGAUAGAAUACCUGCUCCCAGCAUUCCCCCACUGCAGGGGAGCAGCUGGGACAGGGCAGGGGAGCACAGAGGCUCCUAGGUAUUCUUCCAGUCUGCAAACCAGUCAGUGGCACCAGACCCUCCAUACACCCUCCAGGGUAGCCCUGGCUCAGAUGUAGGGCCAGGGGAAGGCGCCCCAGCCUCUGGGCAGUCCAGAAGGGUUUGGUUAACCCUGGGUUUAUUUUUCCCACCUUUUUCCCUGUCCUGGGCCACAGCUUCCCAGUCCUGUUUACCCUUCCCUAUACCCAGGCCUCUGAGGGCUGGCCGGCCUGUGCCCCAGCCACCUCUGGGUAUUUAUAAGUUUCAUAUGAAGUACUGUGCCCCUUCCUUACCACCACCCCACCUUGCCCAAGCUUCCUGAAAGUCCUCACAAUUUGCAUAUUGCUCAGGCCACCUCCAAAUCCCACCUAGGUUUUAUAAUGUUUAUUAUAUAUAUUUUUGUGUAUUUUUUAAAUCCAGCUGUGAUGGGUUAAAUCAUAAACAUGGCUCUGGGCUGGAGCAAGGCCCUCAAGGCCUAGUUCCUGCUCAAAAAGAAAAAAAUUAAAGUUAUUGUUUGUGGGUCA